AUGAAACUCACACAACUCAUCCCAUUCGUUGCCUUGGCAGCAGCAGCAAGCAACUCACACUCCUCAUCACCGACUCCGCUCACCAACAGCACCGUUUUUGCCCCACCUUCUGAUUACAAUAUUCCCAGAACACUAUACGCCCGCAACGAGCAACUCUUCAAUGGUGAUCUUCUCGCAACUUGGGAGAAUUACUCUCCAGAGCCACCCUUGGUUUACUUCCCCAUCUAUCGGUCCAAGGACUUCGGCAAAACAUGGUCGGAGCUAUCCAAGGUCCAUGACACCGUCAAUGGAUUUGGACUGCGAUAUCAGCCGUUCCUUUAUUAUCUUCCCGAGGCCGUUGGGUCCUUCAAGGCUGGAACUCUACUUCUAGCCGGGAACAGUAUCCCGGAAGAUCUAUCUACUACGCACUUGGAUUUGUAUGCGUCGCAUGACGAUGGAGUCACUUGGAAAUUUGUGAGCCAUAUCGCGGCUGGAGGGGAGGCGGUGCCGGAUAAUGGCUUGACUCCGGUGUGGGAGCCGUUCUUGCUUGCUCACGCAUAUCCCACUUACACUGACCGACCGGGAAUGCCAACUGUGGCAAAGCUCCCCAAUGGCCAGUAUAUUUACUUCUACGAAUAUGGCUCCUUCUUCGACACCGCAACUUACUCAUUCCCGCUCUACUACCGCCUGUCAUCAAACCCCGAGGACUUCGCUUCCUCUGAAGGUGUCCCUCUCAUCGCAUCAAGCGGUACCGUUCCUACCUCUUCUCCGUAUGUUGUCUGGACAAAAUACGGUGGCAAAAACGGUACGAUUAUUGCAAGCUCCGGAACACAGAGCACUAUCUUCAUUAACCAGGCCCUCGGCGAGGGUGAGUGGACUGAAAUCACAUCUCCUGAAUCUGCCAGCUACACCCGGUCUUUGAGAAUUCUGUCUGAAGGUAAUGGUCGGUACCUGGCUAUCAACGGCGGAGGUGUGCUCGGGGGAAUUAGCAAUACUGUGUCAGUGAGCGUGGUGGAUCUGAAAAAGGUACUGUGA